CGCUUCCGCCCAAAACAGAAAUGUCAAAACAUAGGCAUACAAUUAAUGUUUGAUCGGUAAUUGCCCUCAUUCGAAGUAUUGACAUGUGUGCAGAGUAACGCAUAAAUGGCACGGAUUAACAUGUCAUCAAGUUUUAAUCACUCGUUGAUUGGACUGCUGAGUCGCAGAUCGAUAAACGAUUAUGUAAAAGUGGGAAGUGCGUUUCUUACCAAAAAAUAUGCAGACCUGAGUAAGCUGAAAACUAAGGACCUGACCGGACAUUUUGGUUGUGUUAAUGCAAUCGAGUUUUCCAAUGGCCUUGGGGAAUAUAUUGCCUCAGGAGGUGACGACAGGCGAGUGCUGGUAUGGAAUGUGGAGAAAGCCCUGUCAGACAUCGGCCAACCCCGGGCCAUGAAAGGCCAACAUCACAGUAACAUAUUCUGUAUUGGCUUCGAUAUCACCAACUCCACAUUGUUUUCUGGCGGAAAUGAUGAACAGGUCAUUGUUCAUGAUAUUGCCACCGGGGAAACUAAGGACGUGUUCACCCAUGAGGAUGCUGUAUAUGGCUUGAGUCCGGAUCCCACCAACCCUUCAGUGUUCGCAAGUGCUUGUGACGAUGGUCGUAUUCUCAUAUACGAUAUCAGAGAUUCGUGUGCAGAUCCAUUCUGCUUGGCCAAUUACACCUCGUCUAUGCAUUCUGUGAUGUACAACCAAGUAGAACCUCGUCUCUUGGCAACAGCCAAUGCCAAGGAAGGGGUGGGGCUUUGGGAUGUACGGAAACCCAAAAGCUGCCUGCUUCGCUAUGGGGGAAGUCUAGUGCAGCAGAGUAGCAUGAGCGUGAGGUUCAAUCAGCGGGGAGACAGGCUGGUGGCGCUGCGCCGUAGACUGCCCCCCGUCAUGUAUGGUAUCCAUAGCAAUGAGCCGUUGUGUGAGUUUGAUCACGCCGGAUACUACAACUCCUGUACCAUGAAGAGCAUCAGCUUUGCAGGGGAAAAUGAUCAGUAUGUUCUGUCUGGGUCUGAUGAGUUCAACUUGUACAUGUGGGCAGUACCAGAGGACUUGUCUGAAAGAAUGUACAUCAACAGUGCGCACAUGGUGUUGGGUGGUCACAGGUCGAUCGUAAAUCAAGUGCGCUUUAACCCAUCAAACCACAUCAUCAUAUCAUCUGGGGUAGAGAAAAUCAUCAAGGUCUGGAGCCCUUUUGAUCUUCCAACUAAGGCACAAAAGAUCGGCACAAAUGCCAGAGAGAGGAGAGUGUAUUCCCAUGAAGAGUACAUCAAUCUGGUUCUCAGGGACGGCUACCUGACCUCCCACGACUACAGUCACGAGUCGACAGAGGAAGAUCCAAGAAUGAUGGCCUUCUUUGAUUCCUUGGUCCAACGAGAAUUGGAUGGAUGGAGUUCGGAUGAGUCCAUGACGAGCAAUGAGGAAGCACUGUACAGCCGUAUUGUACAGCUGUCUCAAUCAGACAUCGAUAGCGACGAUUCAUUGGCGGGAAUCAACAGCUUCCCCGAUUCAGAUACCAGUUACAGCCCUUUUACGAUUGCUUUUGCGAGUGUUAUGGCCUCUCAGGCUGUGGAAGGCAAUGAUCGAUUCCCACAGCUGAACAGGGCGCUGGAAAACGCGGAACAGGAGUACUCGAACAUAACAGCCAGUGGGGAUGAGAAUGACGAUGAUAACAACAAUCAGGAUGAAGAAAAUUUGCGUACCAUGGAAAGUAGUGGUGCUGAUGGUGCGAGGUCUGCUGACAACAUGCAUGGUUCAGAAGCGAGUGCGCACAGGCUGAGUGAACUUGUUAGAAAGAAGAAGGAGGAGAUGAAGACAAUUUUGAGAAGACGUAUGAAAGAAUGUCGAGACCUAAUUCAUGGGGCUACACAGGAGACGACUGCCAAUCACUCUGACAGUGAUACGUCUUCUGUUUCGAGUUUGAAUGUAGAAAUCGGAGAGUUUAGUGGCAUCAAUGUCCCGCUGCCAACAAAGAAGGUGGAUGGGGCCUCUACUUCCACACCAGCUGACGAAGCUAGGAUCCAUGUGCAGCGCAGAGUGAAAAUGUUGAAUAACUUACGUAAACGAAUCAUGCAAAGUGAUUCCGACCAAAGCGAUGAUGAUUUUGGGGAAAAGAAACUGUCUUGUAAUGGGGUUGAAACAGAGGCAAGUGAGGAAAAUGUUCCAGAAAGAAUUCAGUUUAAGAAAUUAAAAUUCACUAAGAAUCAAACGAAAAGCAGUAAUCAGUGCAGAGCGAAAUCUCAGACUAAAUCAACAGACAGUACUGAUUGGGGCCCUUUCAUUCAUCAGAGUGGUGGAAUGGACGAUAGAAAGUUACCUCAAGAUGAGGACAGAUCUGGUAAAAAACAUUCAAAUAACUUUGAGUUGUCAAGUAGGAAAGGAAAGCACAAAGUUUGUGAACUUGAGAAUAAAAAGCAUAGUAAAGAGAAUUCUGAAAGUGAUUCAAAUGACUCGGAGUCGCAAACCUGUAUUAGUUUGAAUCAUCAGCGCUCAAGAAGAUAUUCUGCGAGCUCAGCCAAACAGCAACAACAAACAGAGAAAUGUGAUAAGUUGAGAAAGAGGACUAGUUAUCAUGACAACAAAAAGGAAUGUGAAGAUACUAGACUCCGAUCCCACCAUAGAUCAUAUAGGGCAAAAUCAGAUAGCUUACUUGACGGCCAUUCUAGUGAAAGAACUGGUAAUCAUUCUAAUGAGCAUCGAGUAUUGAAACACUCUGAAAAAACAUUAAAUCACCAUGACACAUCACACAGAAGCAGAGAAAUAAAAAGUGAGAAAUCACAUUCAAAAUUUUCAGAUUCCAAAAGAAGAUAUUAUGGAGACAGAAAAAGUAAUUCUACAAAGGAUGAUUUAAUAUCCAUAACAGAAUCUGAGAGGGACAAGCAUCAUAGUGAUCAGAGUCAUAAAGAAAAAUCUGGAGGGAAGCAUGGCUCUAGAAAAUCCUCCAGCCACAGUGUGCACAGCAACAAUUGCUUAGAAGAGACUGGAAGUAUAAGUGUUCUGAAUAAAUCAAAUUGCAAAGGGGGGUCUUCAAACUCUACCACCAGUGGGGCUACCAAUGAUUUUGAGCAGCCAUCUUGUUCGUAUUCAACAAAAUCAUCUAGUAGUCACCACUCGUCUCGCCAUUCAAAAAAAUCUUCGAAAGAUUGUAGCGACAAAAGUUCCUCAUCUGAUGACGCUGAGGAGCAAAGUCAACCAACUUGGCUGGAGUUCAAACGUUUUAAAAACCAGUUAAAACGAGCAAGAGACCGCUAUUCAAAGGAAAAGGGCCACAAAGACCACAAACGCUUUUCACAUGAGUAGUGCUUAUAAAAUCAAGAGCAUUAGCUAAAAAUGUGAAAAGCCAUCUACAAAUAGUAUUUUUUUGUCCUUCAAAGAAUGUUGUCAUUUUUAGCUCGGCUGUUUUCGGAGAAAACCCGAGGUAUUGUCAUAGCCACCCGCAGCCGAGCGUGGCACCCGUUAUGCGGUGCUCUUGUAAAUCUUGAAUUAUCCUCAUAUGAGUCUUGACAUAAUGUUUUGACAUAUCAGUGUUCAUAAGAAAGUAUACUGUUUAUUUUUAAUUUGACAGUAAUCCGGCCAGAUGCUUCUCUUAGUCUAUCAUAAAAUGUAUACCGGUAUUUCAUUAAACAUAACAGAAUACUAAACCAGUUCAUGACGAUUUUACGGCCAGUGUUUUGAUUUGUCCUUCUUUUAAUUGAAUUUGUCAUAGCAAUUAAAGUUGGCCUUAUGUGUCCUUUAAAUCUACAAUAAUAUUGUCAAUGCUUGCAAUGUUAAUCAUGUUUUGUUAAUGAAUUUGUUAUAUGCAAUAUACUAUUUUCUUUGAAUUUAUGUUGCAAAGACUGUAAAAUCGUAUGAUUAGUUAUUUUAAAUUGAUUUUAGUAGUGGAAUGUUAAGUACUACUUAUUAUGGACAAGAGAAAACUAAAUAUAGUUUGAAUUUGAGUUUAUAUUUCAAUAGUGGGCAUACAAUUUGCAUAUUCUACAUGUUUUCUGUGUUAUAUUUUGUAAAUGUGAUUUUUCAGCUGCAAUUGUCAAUUAUAGGUGUUAGUUUAGUUAUUGUUAGUGUAUGUGUAGUUUUAUUUUACUCUUAUAACAUAUACAUUUUUGGGAAACAAUUUCAAUGAAUUAGAAUAUAGUCUUCAUAUUUGAGAUAUAUAAAUGAAUUGAAAUAUUAAAAUAUUUUCACCAUGUUAUGGUUAUAUUGUUUUUAAUAUCACGUGCUACUUUGUGUUGAUGCGUUGAUUCUUUGAAUGUAUUUCAAUUACCGUAAGGGACUGUAUCUGUAGUAAGUGUAUUUAAAAAACCCUGUACAAUUAAAAAUGUAAGAAA